AUGAAACCCCUCCCCUUCCCCUUCGCCCUCCACAUCGGCACCGACAUCGUACACAUCCCACGAAUCGCCCGCCUCAUAAACCGACCAGGCAACUACCUCACGCGCUUCACGCGCCGCAUACUCUGCGCCCAAGAGCAGCACGACUUCACCACCCGCUUCACGCUCCCUCCCUCCUACACCAACGAAUCCCUCCAUUCUCAAUCUCAAUACCAAUCUCCGACCAUAACACCAGACAUGACACGUUGGCUGGCUGGCCGCUUCGCUGCGAAAGAGGCCGCGCGCAAAGCUGCCCCCACCGCCGGCGGGGCGGGGUCGAUUGGGUGGAAGGAUGUUAUGGUGCGAAUUGAGGAAGGUAGUGAGAGGACGCCUGGGAAAAACGGGAAAAGUUCGAGGCCGGAGAUUGUGUUUCUUGGUGUUGGGGAGGAGGAGGCUAGGGUGGGUAGGUUGUCAAUUUCGCAUGAUGGGGAGUAUGUCGUUGCGACUGUUUUGGCGGCUGGGUGA